UCGGCUAUCGUCGACGCGGGAGCAUCGCCGUUUCGAAAGAGCCCGCGACCUUCUCCCCGUCGCGUCGCGUUCCCGGUGGUGUCGAGGGGGCGAAGUACGCGCGAGAGGGGCCGCGUUCCCGAGGAACCCCUUUCGCGGAAUCGUGCGCAGCGAUGAAGACCCGUCAGCCCCUCCGUCCCCGUGCGAUUCUCCGGAAUUAGCGGAUACUUUACGUGCGUAUUGUUACUUUGCUUCCGGCCCUCAACCCUCCGGUCCGUGCCCGUGGACGACGAUUUUUCCGGCCGUUCGCGCGCGUAGCCCGGAACGGAGCAGCGCGCCGCGCGAGAUAGUGCGUGACGCACUGUGCGUAAUCUCCCUGGUAUCUUUACGUGGUCCACGAUGACGAAGUGACAGUGGUGGUACAGUGAGGCAGUGUCGGGAAACAGUAUCGGACGAAUGAUCGAGGCUGCCGCGAGAUCGGGGUGGAGAACGCGGAGGUACCGUCGGAGCGUCGCCGGGCGUUCUGGAACUGUGAAGAAUUUAGAUAACCGCGAACCUCUCGUUGUCGCGGGAGUGGCCGAGUACUUGUUGAGCAAUAAACCUCUCACUGCCCGCUCGAAAAAUUGUUACAAAUUUCGCUGAGGAGGACGAAGAAGGAGCGUUACCAAUCCGUCAAAUAAGAAGAUAGAUCACAUCGAUCGCAGAUACGCAUGCGAAUUUCGUCGCGAAUUCCGUCCUGCAGUGCUUUGCCGAACACAAAUCUCGCGAGAAGCAGCUCCCAGCUUCGUGACAGGAGCGUCAUCCCUGAACGUUUAAGGACGUCGUCGACGGGGUCUCUCGAGGGUCUGCGUUUAAUUGCCGGUGGCGUUAAGGACGCGCGGAGGCGAAACGGACGGACGGCGAGAGGGAAGGCGCGGUGGAAAAAAAAAUCGCGUUUCACGCCGCGGGAAAUCGCGCAGCGGCGGCUGAUGGGGAGAUGUUAAAGUUAAAAGCUGCUCGUAAAACACGGGGUCUCGCGGGUGCCACAACGCUGCCAUCGUGCGAGGGAGGCUUGUUUAUUUCGGCCGCAACACCGACGUCGACGCACAAUUGAAAGGUCGGGGAGGAAAAAGUCCGAUCGGCCUGUCUCCCGCCGACGCGCAAUCGAGCGACAUUCCGCGCGGCCGUCCGUCAGAGCUUGCGGGAAAAGCGAGCGUAUAGACCAAUCGCGGUGGCAACGACAGCUACAACGGGAUAAGGGAAGAAGGAAGCGGAGCUGCUUCCUCGUUAGUGGGUUGCCAUCGAGGCACGUUCGAUCCCCCCUGAGGAAGAGAAAUUGCGGGAUCGGAAAAAUGCGGGCGAAGCCGCGCGCGCGGGGCAAAUAACCGCCGGUGGUGCGGAAUGAUCGAUGGAACGUCCGGCGCAUCGUGUGGAUUGCAUUAAUAACGACGACCGCGGCCUAAUGCAUCGCCAGCCGAUCUUAUGGUCGUCGGCGUAACGAGAGAUACGAAGACGCCGCUGAGUGUCGGCUGGAGAACGGCUCUCUCCUCGCAUCGAUCACCAUGGAUCACAGGGGAAUCGUCUCCGUCGGAGGGGCGAGUGAUAACGGCGAUGCGGAGAUCGCCUAAGUAGGGCCCGAUAAACGCGCGGCCUAAUAGUCAGGUCGAAGUUUAUCACCGUCGCGCGACUGACGUUAACGCGCCGCGAUGUAAAAGGACGAGAAGAACAAGUCUCGUCGCUCGCAGAUCGCCAGUGAUUCAACAGCAGUUCUCGAUCGACGGACGUGAAUAAUCAAUGGGAGAAGCGGAUUAAUUAUUAAGGCAUCGGUUGUUCGCCGCGGCCGGUGCGGCUGUCCGCGCGAAGGUACUCGCGACUCGCGAGAAGCCACGAUACGUUUCCGCGCUACCGCGAUUAGCGACGUCGCUCCGUAAUCGGGAGAAUGUGGUAUCGUCGUAGAAUUGUUUCGUGAUAGUGAGCGACUGAUUAGGCAGUGAGGCCUGGCCUGUCCGUUCGGAUUUUAUCGACGAGGGAAAACUAAUUGAGACGCCACGUCCCAACUUGUGCGACGUAAAGCGGAGAUUACGGGCAUCCCGGGUUGCGCGCGCGAGUGCUUGUGCACGGGAUGUACGGUGGCACGAAGUGAUUCUGUCCGCUCCGAACGAGAUAGUGCGAGGAAUGCCGCGAUCGUCGAUGCGCGGAGUGUGUUAGUGCAUCCACUUCUAUCGCCGUUUAGCGUCUCCCGGAAACGACUGCGAUGCGCCUGAGAUAGUAUAUCAGUAUGUGAAUGAGCCACGCCGGGGAAAAGCGAUGUCUACUUCUCUUCCCACACUUGUCUGUUUUAUAAUUUGUUUUGGUGGUAUAGCGUCAAGCCUACGAAACUUUCGGACCGAUUUCCUGGAGGAAUGGCCGACGCCGGGCACCGGGCCUCACUUCGACAUCUCUAUGCAAUCCAACUUCACCGGGCUGGUGGGGAAGACGGUGCAUCUCGUGUGCAAGGUGAAGAACUUGGGAAAUCGAACGGUUUCCUGGGUGAGGCACCGAGAUAUACAUCUGUUAACAGUUGGUCGUUACACUUAUACCAGCGAUCAACGUUUCGAGGCACUACACUCUCCUCAUACGGAGGACUGGACCUUGAGGAUACGAUAUCCUCAGCGUAAGGAUUCCGGGAUUUACGAGUGCCAAAUAUCUACUACCCCGCCCAUCGGCCAUCCCGUGUACCUAACGAUAGUCGAACCGAUAACCAUUAUAAUCGGAGCGCCGGACCUCUUCGUCAAUAAGGGCAGCACCAUCAAUCUGACGUGCGUCGUAAAAUACGCCCCCGAGCCACCCCCGGCGAUGACCUGGAGUCAUAAUUCGGAGGUUAUCAAUUUCGAUUCGCCACGUGGCGGUAUCAGUCUCGUCACGGAAAAGGGGCCCGAGACAACGAGUCGUUUGAUGAUCCAGAAAGCAGUGCCGAGCGACUCCGGGAUCUAUCGGUGCGAGCCGAGCAACGCGAAUCCCAGCAGCAUAAAGGUGCACGUUGUUAACGAGGAACACCCAGCCGCGAUGCACCAUGGGGACGGAAGCUCGUCGUACAGCAAGACACGGCCGAUUUGUUUUAUAAUUUUAGUAAUAGCUAAUAUAAUGUUUAUAUAAGGCGAGAAGUAAGGAAAACACUUACUCCGACACACACGAUGAAACGAGAAGCGCGAUCGCCGGGAAUCGCGGGCUGCCUAUUUAACGUCGUUAACAUUUCUUGGAUAAAUAUUUGUGCAGGGUAAAACCGAACAUUACCAUUUACAUUUAAAGAAAAAGAAAAGAAACGAACUUCCGUGACCAAAAGAGUUUUCAAAUAUCAGCACGGCACAAUAAUCGGUAAGAGCGUAGUAUUUUGUUAACAUAUAUCAUCAAGAACAAAUAACUUACGACGUCAAAAUUUAUUGUAUUAUUUGUAAAUAAAUUUAUUGUAUGUACAUAUCAAUAAAACGAUUGUCUUUA